AUGAAAGAAAUUAUUUUAUUGCAGAGUAACAUUGAGUAUACAACUAAUAUGAAGAGUUUAAAUACUCAAAGUCUAGAAAUAACUAUAUUUGGUGUCACUAAAGAGAUGGUUCCGAUACAAGUAAAGAUCUUUGACUUUACUCCAUACUUUUACAUCAACUUAGCUGAGGAUAUUGAUAUAGAAUAUUUAAAAACUUUCUUAAAAUCUAAAUUAAAUGAGAGUACAUUCAGAGGAUUAGAUAAAUGCAUGAAGAAAAACAUUUAUGGAUAUUCAGAAAACAAGCUAACACUCUAUAAGUUAUAUUUUAGUUCACCUGGCGCAUUUAGAUCUGCUAAGUCAAUUCUUGAGAAAGGAAUACCUUAUAAAGAAAAAAUUCUUAGAGUAAAAGUGUUUGAAUCAAACUUUCCUUUUAUUUUAAGGUUUAUGAAUGAUUUAAAAAUGACUGGAAUGUGUUAUAUAAAAAUUCCUAAUUACGAAGUAGAAACAAUGGAACCUUUUAUUAUUAAAACGUCACAUCAAUAUAUAGAAGUACUUCCUUUAGAAGGUGAAUAUCUUAAAAUUUUACCAUUAAAAAUCUUGUCAUUUGAUAUUGAAUGUUGUUCUUCUGAAAAUAGGUUUCCUUCUGCAACUGUUGAUCCUGUUAUUCAAAUUGGUAACACUUAUCAGCGUAUUGGAUCAAAUGAGUUAUUUAAAGAUAUUUUUUGUCUUAAAGAAGUUGCUAAUAUUCAAGGCGCUAAUGUGCACUGGUUUGAUGAUGAAAAGGAAAUGCUUGAAGCUUGGCAAGACUACAUUCUAGAACAGGACCCAGAUAUUUUAUUGGGUUACAACAUUAAGAAUUUUGAUUUUCCUUUUCUAUUUGAAAGAGCACGGGUUUUGAACAUUAAAAACUUUGGUAAAUUAGGAAGAAGUGAUAAAGUUUCUAAGGUGUUUAAGAAGACACAAACAUCCAGUGCUUUUGGAUCUAUUGAAACUAGUGAUAUUUCACUUGAUGGUAGAAUGAUAUUUGAUUUAUUUCAUAUCAUCAAAAGAGAUCAUAAAUUAAGAAGCUAUUCCUUAAAUUCAGUAUCAGCACAUUUUUUAGCAGAGCAAAAGGAAGAUGUACCACACUCAUUAAUGUAUGGUUUACAGAACGGUGAUAAGGAAACUAGAAGAAGAAUUGCUACUUAUUGUCUAAAAGAUACUUAUUUGCCAUUAAGGUUAUUUGAGAAACUCAAUAUUUUUAUAAACUUUGUUGAGUUAUCAAGAGCAACUCAUGUACCAAUUGAGUACUUUUCAACCAGAGGUAGUUCUAUUAAAGUAUUAGCAUUAAUCUAUAAAGAAGCUAGUGAGUAUGGUUUUGUUAUUCCAGAUAUGGAAAUUAUGGAUAAUGAUGUAUCAUUUGAAGGUGGGUUUGUAAUGGAUCCUGCAAGAGGAUAUUAUGAUAAACCUAUUGCGGUAUUAGAUUUCACCUCACUAUAUCCAUCAAUUAUGAUUACUAACAAUCUUUGUUAUACAACACUUCUUAGUAAAGAACAAUAUCUUAAAUAUAAAGAUGAUGCAUUUAUAACACCAACAGGUAAUUAUUUUAUGAAAAAGUCAAAAUGUGAAGGAUUGCUUCCUAGAAUUUUAUUAAACUUAAUUAAAAAUAGAAAAGCUACCAAGAAACUGAUUAAGAUGACUGAUGAUGAAUCUCUUAAAAAAUCAUUGGAUGGUCGUCAAUAUGCACUUAAGAUAUGUGCUAAUAGUAUUUAUGGAUUUACAGGAGCACAAGUAGGGCAACUACCUUGUUUUGAAAUAUCUCAGAGUACAACCUCAAUAGGUAGAGAGCUAAUAUUGUUAACCAAAAAUCUUGUUGAAAGUAAUUUUAAUAAAAAGAAUGGAUUAGCGUAUGAUUCAACAGUUAUUUAUGGUGAUACAGAUUCAGUUAUGAUAAACUUUUAUGAAAGUAGUCUUAAAAGAGUAUUUGAAAUUAGUGAAAAUGUAGCUAAUUAUAUUACUAAGAAGUUUUAUGAUUAUGGAGAAGAUCGUAAAGAGAUUAAAGAAGGGGAAAAAGCAGUUAAUGAUGGUUCAAAAUUUUCUAUUGUUUUAGAAUUUGAAAAAGUAUAUUUUCCUUAUAUUUUAAUGAACAAAAAAAGAUAUGCAGGUUUAAUUUAUAAUAAUCCAGAAAAACCUAAUAAAAUCGAUACUAAAGGAAUAGAAGCCGUAAGAAGAGACAACUGUCAUUUGCUUAAGAAAAUUAUUGAUGAAUGUCUUAAUAGAAUUUUUUAUAAAAGAGAUAUCACAUCUGCAGUAGAAUAUGUAAAAGAAAAAGUAACGGAUCUUUAUAAUGAUAGAGUUGAUUUAUUUGAUCUUAUUAUUUCUAAAACUUAUACUAAAACUAAUUAUGCAGUUAAAUCAGCACAUGUUGAGUUGGUUGAAAAGUUAAAGAAAAGAGGUGUUGAUGUAAAAAUAGGUGAUAGAAUUCCAUAUGUUAUUGUAUCUGGUGGUAAGAAUGACAAAAUUUAUGAUAAAUCAGAGGAUCCUUUGUAUGCUUUAGAAAAUAACAUUCCAAUUGAUAUUGAAUACUACAUUGAACAUCAGUUGAGUAAUCCAAUCCACAGGUUGUUUGAUCCAAUAAUGGAUAAUGUAAGUUCGUUGUUUAAAGGAGUUCAUGUGGCAGGCACUAAAAAAUCAAAAGUAAUUUCAGGACCUUUAAAAGGAUUUUUAGUUGUAAAAGAUCAAUGUGUUGGUUGUGGUACACCUGGUACAAUUUUAUGUUCUGGCUGUAGAAGAGAUUUUCCAAAAUAUCUCUAUAAAAUUUACAAUGAAUACAAUGAGGAGACUAAACUAUUCAAUAUGUGUUGGAGAGAAUGUCAGAGAUGUAUGAAAAGUACAAUGACAGAAGUUAUUUGUGUAAAUGAUGGAUGUCCUAUUUUUUAUAAAAGAAUUAAAGUGAAGAAACAGAUUGAAGAAUUGCAAGGAAAAGUUAAUAAAAUUAGUUCAAUUGAGUGGUAA